GCAGGCACGCGGGUUUUGAAAUAGCGAAAUAGUCUCUUGCCGCCGUCAUCAAGUACGUACAUAGUCCAGUGGAGAGGCGAUAUCUGCAAUAACCAACGUCGGAGGGCGGGAUAGACACGAAUCGUACAAUGGCACAGCCUCUAGACGCCGCCAGGCUGGCCCACGAUCUAUCCAAGCGCAUCAUGAAACACCCUGGCGCAACAGCAGCAGCAGCAGUCCCUGGCAAGGCGCCGCUGAAGCUCCUCCAGUGGGCCCUUUCCCAGCUAGAGGAGUGCGCGCGAACGCGCUCCGUUCCCGCUUCGAACGUGGUGGAAGUUGCGAUGGCGGCUAUUAAGGACGAGAUGGGCGUGCCGGCGGGAGAGCAACAAUCUCCUGCUGCGGAUGUUGCGGCGCAUCCCGCGUCUGCGCCUCGUACCAGCGGCGGUGCUGUUGACCGGAGUUCAUCAAAGGGCGGCAAGGAGGGGACCAGGGAAAAGAAAGCUGGAGGGAGGAGCGGUGGCGGGCGAUCGAAGGGAAAGGUGGUGUUUACGCCGUUGUACGGCUGCGACGAAGGGGCGACUGGGGUGGAGCCUGUGAGCUCGAUAUUAGAGGUGGGUGGUGUGACGAUCCUGCUGGACUGCGGGUGGGACAUCCACUUCGACACCGCGCUGCUGGAGCCCCUCCGCGAGGUGGUGAAGCGGAUAGAUCUCGUGCUCAUCUCCCACCCCGACCUCGAACACUUGGGGGGCCUGCCGUACGCGUUCGGCAAGCUUGGCAUGCGCGCGAAGGUGUACGCGACCCUUCCGGUGUGGAAGAUGGGGCAGAUGGCCGUCUACGACGCCUACAUCUCCCGCACACACGAAGGGAACUUUCAGGCGUUUGACCUGGACGACGUAGAUGCCGCGUUCGCUCGGUUCAAGACGCUCAAGUUCUCGCAGCACUUGACCUUCUCGGGUCGAGGUGCGGGGGUGACCAUCACCCCAUACGCGGCGGGGCGUAUGAUCGGGGCUGCCGUGUGGCGCGUGUCCUGGCAGACGGAGGACAACGACAUUGUCUACGCCACGGCGUACAACCACGACCGCGAGAGACAUCUCCGGGCGUCAGCUUUGGGCACCUUGACCCGCCCAAGCGUGCUUAUCACCGACGCUCACAACGCCCUGACGGGCGGCGGCAUGAGCCGUAAGGACCUGAACCGCAAGGGCCGGCAAGACACCACGAAACGCAAGCGGGAGGACGAGCUAAUCUCGACGGUGAUGGACACCGUUCGGGGCGGGGGCAACGUUCUCCUGCCCACUGACACAGCGGUGGUUGUAGUGCGAUGGUACACCCCAAGCACCGCCUCGGGAGUUACAAGCUCGUCCUCCUGCACAACACGGCAUUCAACACCUGCGAGUUCGCCAAGAGCCAGGCGACUGGAGUGGAUGAGCGAAGACAUUGGCAGGGCGUUCGACCUACAGCGGAGCAACCCCUUUGAGCUUAGAAACGUGCACAUCAUGCAUAGCUUGGAGGAACUCGACGAGCUUGGGGACGACCCCAAGGUGGUUAUGGCGACGGACAUGUCCCUGGACUUCGGCUUCUCGAAGGCCCUCCUGCUCCGGUGGGCCUCCGGCGGCGCCAACACCAUCCUCUUGACGGGAAGGGGCCACGGCAACACCACCGCUCGCACGCUCAUCGCCAAGAUGGAGUACCGGAAGAGCGAGGCGGGGAGGAGAGCUGCCGCUAAGGACGCGGCAGCGGCAGCCGGGAGAGGGGCGAGGGUGGGGUAUAGCGGCGCGGUCGGGGAUGGGUUUGGGGGGGGCGGUGACGGUAGCGGCGGCAACGGGCAGGGGGACGACGGGCAAGAGGAGGAGGAAGAGGAGGAGGACGAGGAGGCAUCAAUGGUGGUGCCGGUCACGGUGCCGGUUCGGGUGCCGCUUGCCGGCGAGGAGCUCAAGGCUUUUCGGGACGAGGAGAACAGAAAACGAAGGCUGGAGCAGGAGGAGGAAGAGCAGCGACGACACGCUGCUGCCAUGGAGAAAGAGCAGGUUAUCGCGGACUCCGACGAAGGCUCCGAUAAGGAUAACGACGAGACGGACCCAGCACCGAAGCGAAGGAGGGCGAUCGUGGCCAGCCUCUUCAGCAAGUACUCCAAGCCACAGCACCUCAUGUUUGGGUACUACGACCCUCAAGUUCCGACGGACGAGUACGGGGUGAAGGAGACCGAGCCGAUAGGAUGGCUGGCCGCUGCGAUGCAGCAGCAAAACUCGGAGAUGCCGGCGGCAAUGCAAGAGGCGGGCGCGGCGCUUCAGGAGGCUAGAGCGGGCAAGAAACGUCAGCUUCAGGAUGACAACACCACCGGUCGUUCCAGUACCGGAGACGAAGAGACCGAGGACAGCGGCGGCGGAGGCGGCGGCGGCGACGACGGCGAAGCAUCACCUCGCGACGACCAGGACGAGCAACAAAGAGAACCCGUGGUAGACGCUCUCCGAGCCAGCGCGGGGGAGGGGAAGGAGUCUGCUUUUUUCCAGGACUCCGGCGCUGUUCCCACGAAGCUGGAGCAGGAAGUGCAAGAGUUGGAGGUGCUCUGCCGGGUGGUGUACGUGGACUCGGAGGGGCUGUCGGACGGCACAUCCGUGAAGAACACGGCGGUGAACCUCGCGCCCAAGAUGCUCAUCGUCACGGGGGGGUCGAGGCGGGCGAAGGCCGAGCUCGUGUCUCACGUCCGGCAAGCGAUGGAGCCCGUAGCGGCGGGGAGAAGAGGACGGGGGGGAGGGAAGGGCGGGGGCGGGGGCAGGGAUAGCGGCGGCAGCGACGACGACGGCGAGGGGGAGGAGGAGGACCUCGCCUGUCGGUUCGUGGUGGUUAACAAGGCCAUGGAGCCGGUGCCGGUCGCGCUCGACUCCGGAGCGUUCGACGUCCUCUUGCACGACUCGCUGCACACGCAUCUCAAGUGGAAGCAGCUGAAUAACUACGGGGUUGCGCACGUGGAGUGCCGAGUCGACCCCCGGGGCGAUGUACCGCUGCUCUGCGCGAAGCCGCGGGCGGAGAGGGUGGGGCACCCGGCCAUGUUCCUGAGCGUGGGGAAGGUGAACGUCACGCCACAAAUCCUACAAGCGUUCAAGAAGGCCAAUGUCAGCUUCGAGUUCGUUGCCGGCAAGGUGCUGUUAGAAGGAGGCGUCACGGUCAGUCAGGGUAAGGGGGGAAAUAUAGAGCUGGAGGGUCCCCUGUGCGACUCGUACUUCAGAGUCCGCGAUAUCAUUUACGGAGAGUACAUAGUCGUAUAGCACGGAGGAGGGGCUCGUAUUGGUACACUGGAGAGCUGUGUUUUCUCGUGCUGGUCUACGAUGGGUGAGGGCUAUGCCUGGCGUCGCAUCAGCUGGAGCUCACGUCAAGGCAGCGUUGUGAUCCUGUGGGAAUCGACUAGGAGUUGUCGACCGUGUCGUGGGGUGUACUGCUGUACCUCAAGGAAGCGGAGGGCAUCGAUGGAAAGACGCACCCCUUGCCUACCCAGUAUUAGAUCCUAUGCGCGCAUCUUCUGAAGUUGCCCCGCCGCCCAAACGGGGAAUUUGAGGGGGGGGGGGGGGGGGGGGGGAGGGGGGUAGUUCUCGCGCACCUUUUCACACANGGGGGGGGGGGGGGGGGGGGGGGGGGGGGGGGGGGGGGGGGGGGGGGGGGGGUCGAUCUGUCUAUCAAAAUGCGAUGAAUGGAUUAUGUCCCCAUUUCAAUGAUCUUUAGGGUUGUGUGUUUCCGAGUGGGCCGAAGUGCCGGUGUUCCACAGCGAACUGCGGUAGUCUAGGCGUUAACUUCGCGGUAUGGUCGUAGUCUUUCCUGCGGUAUUUGAUUUGCAAGUAUGAUGUAUCAGCAGUGGGCAGUCUCGCAGUGCGUGUUUUCCUGUAAGUGUAGACCAGAGGAUGUUUGUGGUGCUCGAUUGGGCGUGCUUCGAAAAAUGACCGCGACUGAGCCAACCCCCCCUCGUGUCCGUAAAGGUCGUGUUGCUGGUCUCGUUCGUCUCCGUAUGGUGGGUUAUGUGCGGCACGUGCCGAGCCUGUCCGUGCCAGCUUGUGUGCGUGAAUGAUACAUGUAUGCACAGCGAUUAGAUAUCAGCAGCAGGAAGCACUGAUUCCCGGAGAAUCUCGUCUUCUCUGGGGCGUUUUCGCCGCCAUCUCCCCAUCUCCGAGAGUCAUGUGAAUAGUCACGGUAUUCUGUCAAUCUUUCCUGGCAAAUGUCUUCGGACGGUGGAACAUUGUUCAUGUAGACUAGUCCGAUCUUUCCUGGUCGCAUGUGCAUCAUUACCUCUAGGAAGAUAAUUUUUCCUGGUUUCCACUUUGCAUUUGCACUACCUACACCUCUGUGCGUGCUUGGUUGAGUCGCCGGUUUGGUUCAUAGAAGAAGGUGGCCGGUUGUUCGCGCUGUCUACAAAUCCACGUAAAGUUUAAGUAGGCAAGAAGACUGGUGUCAGACAUUAUGUACCACACAGACAGGCAAC